UAUAGGCAACUAAGAUAACACCGAACGCGCAAUACAAUUUUUUAUAUAUUCAUUAUAAGUUUUAAAAUAUGAACGUCUUAAUAAGAUCAUUCAGUAUAAAACAGUAUUAAUUAAUAUUGUAUAAUAAUUUUUUAAUUUAAAAAGUUACAUUAAUAUCCCAAAGAACUGGUAAAAACAUGCAAUGAGGACAAAUAUCAGUUCAAAAUAAAUUUUAAAAAUAAAUAAUCUUGAAGUUAUUUAAUUAGGACUGUUAAUUUUCAUAUAUUUUUAUUAAACGAAAUUUAAAUCACAUAAAUAAUAUAAUUUUUAAAUUAUUGUACCUUUGUUGUAUAAGUUAUUAAGAAUAAUCAGAAAAAGCAAUAAAAAAUAAUUAACAAGGAACAUAUGAAAUCUAAAAUCAUGAUAAAUUUGUGGAAUACAUCUUAAACAGAAAAAGCUGUACAAGUAAAGAAUCCACUACAUAAAAGUCUAAUAAUAAUAAAUAAUUUAAUAAUUAUAUUAGCAGCAAAUUAUAUAACAAGUUGAAAUAAAUUUAAUUAUUACCAUUAUAACGAAAAUUAUCAUAAUAACACACAGUAAAAAAACGCUUUACAUAAAAACAUUUCAGUACAUUAAUUUUUAUAGAUACGUUAAUAAAUGCGGUCACGCACUGUACCCCGGCUAACUUGCGACAAUUUCGUUGCUUAUCCCCGUAAAAUAUGCCACAUUAAAAUAAUGCGCUCAAAAAUUAGCCGCAUUUUUACAGCGCCAUGAAUUAUUCUAAACCUCGAACUGUGCCAACGGUUUUCAUCGAAGACAUGUCACAUCAAAAUGUUCGAAAUCGAUUUAUUAAAAAGAAGGCACGCCGGCAGAAAAGUCAGAUGUGUAAUUACAGGGAGUCGGACGUCCGUUCGAUAAUAAACGGGGCUUCAAUAAAUUAUCCCCGCAUCGGGUUAUUCUAAUUGAACGGCGUCGGAUUUGAGACGUGGGAGGACGUGCACGUCACGUCGAAGAUGCUACGUGGUCAAUUUUUGUUUGUCUUCAUCACCAACACAUUUUUUAUUCGACGGUCUAAUGUGUUAUUCAUAAAAUAAACGAAAUUUUGUUGCCAGGCAGAAAAAAAUGGCCACAGUUUUUUACGUUUCUAGAACAAGAUGCGACAUUUUCCGCUCUGGUAACCGUCGCAAUUUCAUCUGAAGCGAUAAAAGCAUUGUGCACUCAUUUACUUAUUUCAUAUGUAUCCAACCGCCGUGCACGUGAACUUAAUUUUCCUUUUAUCAUGCUCAAGACUUUGGUGGCGUUGUGCUUGUUCCUAUGUGCCCACUCCGGUCAGACCAGGAGGUCCUGGGACAAGCCCCAGGAGUCCCAAGUCAAGAGCCCCAGGUUUAUCAACAUCUACACCAACCACGACGACUUCAAGGAGGUGCUGCAACACUACACCGACCUACGGAGCCAAAACGAUGGUACCUUACUUCAGGAUGAACCAGUUGAGCCAGAACUGGAGGACACAAUAGACAGAAGGGACGAUUUUAAUCCUGAAGACAACUUGGAGUCGGAGUUUGGAGACAUAGUUGACCUAAAACCCAGCGACCUAAUGGUGAUCAACACCAACAAGUACGUGGUCCAAAAACCUCCAAGUUUCUACGAAAAUUACUACGGUGGCAAAAACGAUUUGACCAACUUCAACGUGGACAGCAUCGCCUACGACGACGACGACGGCAACGAACCCAACAAAGUCCCAGUAACCAUCCACGUGGACCGAAGACCAAAGUUCAAAACCCAAAAGUACAACUUCACAGAACCGAGCCGCCACACGAGGUUCUCCUACGUGCAAAAGCUCCCCAAACCACCAACACCGACAACGACCAGCACCUACAGCCUGGAGGAAAUCAACAACGAGACCAAAGUACAGAUCAACGACAUGCUCAGGAACUACCUGAACAAGCUGUACAUGCAAAAGUACAACACCACGACCAAGUUCUACGCCAACUCCAACGUGCACAAGGUCCCAAAGAACGACGACGCGUCGAACAAGAGCAAGUUCUUCGACGAGGCCAUAUCCGGCUUCAAGAACAAGACCAUGAAGAUCGCCAACAAGUUCUUCAGCUUGUUCCAGGUCGUCCAGUUCUCCAACUCCAAGUGCACGGCCACCGGCGCCUCCGGAGACUACCAGGGGACCUGCUACCACGCGACGGACUGCAGCAAGUUGAACGGCACCGCCAUGGGCAACUGUGCCAACGGAUAUGGCGUGUGCUGCGUCUUCAGAAACACCUGUGGAGGAAGCUCCAACCAAAACUGCACCUACUUCGAAAGCCCCAACUACCCCAACUACUACCCCUCCAACGGAACAGACGUGGUGAUACCCACAACCCAGCCUCCACCUGUUACACCGGAUCCAAGGCUGAAAUUCUACCUAAACGGUCGCAGAUUGGCUCGCCAGCAGGACGACACCCUGUCCUGCAUCAUGAGCAUCUACAAGCAAAACCCCAACAUCACCCAGAUGCGCAUCGACUUCAUCGAUUUGGAACUGAGGAGUCCAACCAACGGUAACUGUGUCAUGGAAAGGUUGGUGAUCACAGGCCAAAACCUCAACGACCAGAUCCCGGUGAUCUGUGGCUACAACACAGGACAACACAUGUACGUGGACGUGUCCAUGCUCUCAGGACCUCUACAGUUGUCCGUCCUAUCCUCGAUGGUGUCCAGGAAGCGUUGGAAGAUCAGGAUUUGCCAGUUCGCCAACACCUGCACCAACUUCAACUGUUUGCAGUACUUCACCGGUACGUCAGGAGUGCUGACCUCCUUCAAUUACGACCAGGCUGCGAUGUUCAACAGAAGCUCCCCACAAUACAUGAACAACCUAAACUACGCCAUGUGCAUCAGGAAGGAGGCUGGGUACUGCUCCAUCACUUACACUAACGUCAUGAAUGGUGUUGAAUAUCCAUUUCAGUUCAACAACUUAGAUGACAAUGGUACCAGAACAGUACCGGCAGGACAAGCUGGUGCAGACGUCAUAAACUGCCCUGACGACUACAUCAUAUUGGACGGAUCCAGGCUGUGUGGUGACAAACUGAAUGACGGUUCCGUCAAUGAUAAUUUUUCACAAAAUGCCCCAGUAACAGACACCAGCGCCGGACCAAUUGUAAUACCUGUAAGAACUGAUUCCAGCGUUACAGGAUUGGGUUUCAAGAUUUUUUACAUGCAAAAUCGUUGUUCUACUCAGUAAAUUAUUCAUAAAAAAUAUUUAUAAUUGAUGUAAUUAUUUAAUUGUUAAAAUAGCAGGGUAUUUAUUUACGAAAUUUUAAUGAAUUUUAAAAUUUGGGCUGUUAAAAUAUUUAUUGUUCAAAAAAGUGAUUGUUUAUAUUUUUAUUUAUUUGUAUUUAUUUUGG